UGUUGCUCAACUCAGCUUCCAGAGAAGUUACAACAAGUCUUCACUUCACAGGAAGUCCUCGCCCAGGACGCCACGUGACUUCACCUUCUAUCUGGACCUUACCUGGCUGUCAUGUGACCUCAGGUGGACUUCAUCCUCACCCUCACCUUCAUCCUCACCUCCGCCGACCGCCCGUCAUGGGUGUUGUUGUCCACCUGAUGAUGCUCUUCUGCUUCUACUGGACCUCUGCACUUGGUGCUCACGACAACUGCACCGACUACCAGCUGCAGUUCGAGAAGGUCUUCACGGUGCCGGGGGACGCCGCCAUGAUCAACUGCACCCUGGUAGCCCCCGACGUCUUCGACUUCGCCGCCGUGCCGUACGAGGUCAGCUGGCGCCGCCUGGAGACGGGCGAGGAGCUGGGCAACGUCAGCGCUGGUGUUGUGGUGCUGGGAGAAACCUUGUGGCUGCUCAACGUCACGCUGGAGGACAGCGGACAGUACCAGUGUGUGGUCAGAAGCGGCUCAGGUUGCUACAAACUGUCGACGGAGCUGCUGGUGGAGCGUCAGGGGGACGGCGAGUGCUGGAGGCCCCGCAAAGCCCCCCAGGUCCUGACGGUCGGCGUGACCGACACUCUGUCCUGUCCGCUCAAGGACGUCAUGAAAAAACUGGACGGCUACGGCGUCCCCUACUCCGUCAGCUGGCGCAAAGGCUGCGAGCUGGUGGAGGACGGCGAGGCGGGACACGUCUACCGCAGCAAGGCCAGGCUGAAGAUCCUGGACGUGGACCCCCAAAACAAUGACUUCUACACCUGCACGCUGACCUUUGACCUGGGCGGGGCGACAGUGUCUGUGUCUGAGACCAUCGAGGCCUGGGUCCAAGAGGAUUACUGCUUCCUGCCUCAAGUCCUGAAACCUGCCAAUGAAAUCUUCAAGGCACCGAUAGGUUCCAGGUUGACGCGUGCGUGUCAGGUGUUUGUUCCGUGCAUUGGGAAAGUCCCGCAAGAUCCGAUGGUGGACAUUUUCUGGCUGGCCGACGACGAUUUUGUCUUCAACACCGACGCUUCUGACCCCGUCUUCACCUCGCCAGUACGCGUGUGGACUGAAGGCGAUCCCAGUAAAGGAGUCUGGAUGGAGCGACUGCUGACCAUUGCGCACCUGAAGGAGGAGGACUUCUUCAUCAAUUACACCUGUAUAGCGCAAAGUGGGCGGGGCAUACCUCAGGGACACUUUGCUCUGCGGCCGCAAGAGCCGCCCGUCAUCGCCCACAUCGGCGGCGCUCUCAGUGGCGUCACGCUAGUCUUCGUCGCCGCUGUCGCCGUCUACUUCCUCUUCAAGGUGGACAUUGUGCUCUGCUUCCGGAUGUCCUUUCCUGUCCUGUACGCAAAUGAGGAUUGCGACGGGAAGCUGUUCGAUGCCUACGUCACGUACCCGCUGAACUGCGAGGUGGGCUUCGGCGACCAGGUGUGCGCCUUUGCCCUCCACGUCCUGCCUCAGGUGCUGGAAAAAGCCUGCGGUUACAAACUCUUCAUAGCCGGACGCGACUGCCGGCCCGGGCAAGCCAUGGUGGACUCAGUGCAAGACAACAUGCUGGCCAGCCGGCGCUUUCUGCUGCUCUACAGCGCCUCCUCCUUCACGUGCAGCAGCAGCAGCAGCAGCAACAACAACAACAACAACAACAACAACAACAACAACAACAACAACAUUGGCGAGGGCGUCUGCUUGGACGGGCGGCGUCAACACGAGUGUGUGACGGCCAUGCACAGAGCACUGCUGGAGGACACGCUCAAGGUGAUUCUGGUCGAGCUGGAAGAGAUGAGCCCGGCCCAGCUGGCUCUCUUCCCGGAGUCUUUGCGUCAUCUGAGAAGGAAGCAGGGUGCAGUGUGCUGGUGGAAGUACCAGAGGACCAGGAGGAAGUUCACCCCCAGGACGUGUGCGACCACACAGGACAAAGUGGACACAUCGCCCUCGCUGUCUCCUUCCUCCAGGUUUUGGAAGGAGAUGCGCUACCACAUGCCAGUGAGGAGCACCAGGGGCGGCGCCCCCGAGAGGACCGCCCUUCUGAAGGUGUGACGUAUAUCGCUGGUCUCGUCACCUUAUGGUGGAAGGGUGACGCGGGUGAGUGCAAUGGAUCAAAGGUAAUGCCGGCGAGGUCCGUUGAACUAAGGCUUACUUUCAUUGACAAGCGAACCCCACAACCUCAAGUGUUGCA